GCGCGGGUGACAGGCGCAGUUCCUCUUCUUGUUUGAUAACGUUCGACACUCAACACACGGACAAUUUUGAUUCAUUUAACUGUACGCUGUGCAGCUUUUGCAACAUAUAUGAAUCCGUUGUAAACAGUUAAAGCCUAUUUGCAGUCCAGAAGACUCCGCUCCGGGUUAACCUGUGUCGUUGGCCAGAGGGUCUCUCCCCGCGAGGAGUCGUCUACUGCUGCUGUUGCUGGAUUGGUGACCAUGUCAGCCUCCGCUCUCAUCCACCUGGCCCGUCGGGGGACCCAGGCCAUGCGACAGAGGGGUUUCCUCCAGACAGCCCUAGUUAGUGUCCUACCCCACCAGGAUGACCUCCCCCUCCAACGGCCCUUCCACCUGGGCCUGCUGCGGGCCAGCAACACGCUCGACCCGGACAGCAGCGGCAAGCCCACCACCUGGGACUCGUUCGGCAUCUGGGACAACCGCAUCGACGAGCCCAUCAACCUAUCGCCCUCCAUCAAGUACGGCAAGCCCAUCCCCAAGGUCAGCCUGUCCAAGGUGGGCUGCGCCUCACUCAUCGGCCAGCGGAGGGAGAACGAGGACCGCUUCCAGGUCUCCCAGAUGACCGACAAUAUCCUCUACUUUGCCGUGUUCGACGGUCACGGAGGGCCUGAGGCGGCAGACUUCUGCGACAAGUACAUGGAGAAGUACAUUAAGGAUCUUGUAGCAGAGGAGGACAAUCUGGAAGUUGUUCUUAAUAAAGCAUUCCUUGAACUGGACAAAGCCUUGGCAAGACACCUCCACUUCUUCCCUCAUGUGGUGAGCGCUGGCUCCACGGCCACGGUGGCCCUGCUUAGGGACGGUAUAGAGCUGGUGGUGGGCAGCGUGGGGGACAGCCGCGCCAUGCUCUGUCGCAAGGCCAAGGCCCUCAAACUCACCUCGGACCACACCCCCGAGAGGAAGGACGAGAAGGAGAGGAUAAAGAAGAGCGGUGGCUGGGUGACCUGGAACAGUCUGGGGCAGCCCCACGUCAACGGCAGGCUAGCCAUGACACGCGCCAUCGGGGACUUUGACCUCAAGAGCACCGGGGUGAUCGCUGAGCCAGAGACCAAGCGAAUAUCACUGCAUCACGUUCACGACUCGUUCCUGGCGCUGACCACAGAUGGCAUCAACUUCAUCAUGAACAGCCAGGAGAUCUGUGAUGUCAUCAACCAGUGCCACGACCCCAAAGAGGCCGCCCAGAGGAUCUCGGAGCAGGCGCUCCAGUACGGCUCAGAGGACAACAGCACCAUCAUCGUGGUUCCCUUCGGAGCCUGGGGGAAACAGAAGAGCUCAGAGACCAGCUACUCCUUCAGCCGCAGCUUCGUGUCCAGCGGCCGCUGGGCCUAAACAGGUGGACCCGGGUCGUCAGAAGGACCAAGUUGCCCCUAGACACUGAUCUAGUGUCAGUUUAUGUUUCACACCCCUAAUGGUGAAGGUUGGGGCUUGGGGAGUGUAAUCUGAUCUGAGCUCUGUGCUUAUGGAUAACUUUGAUCUGAAGGGAAGGGGAAUGGGGAGGGAGAUUCCUGUGGACCUUAUCGAUGUGCAAUACAGUCUCCACACAGGGAGGGACCGUUCAAGACAUGCAGGGGGAAAAGCACAGCUAACCGAGAAGCGAUGCCUUAGGAACAAUGACAUGUCAUUGUUCAGAUAAUAAUACCCUAGUUUUGAGCCUGUUCUACAGAAAGGCUGUUGACUCAUUAUGUACACUUAACAAGGAACACGUCCUUUUCACAUCCUCCAAAAUCGCAGCCUAUUCCCUAUGUAGUGCACUACCUUUGACCGCCAAACUACAUAGGGAAUAGGGUGCCGUUUCGGACGCAAACAAGGUUGCAGUAGAAAGCCAUCGACUUGGUGGGAGCUUGAAGCCUAAGAACUUUGUACGUUGUUCUUCAUUGCGUGUAAGUGAGUUAGCAUCGUACCAAGUAAGGCAAACCAGACAUUAUUAGCUUUGUCUGUUAAGACUUGGGGGGAAAUGCUUCUUACUUGCAUGUCAUGGAGAAUGUUUUUGGUAGGAAGUUAUUCUGAGAAAUCAACAACGCACUUUUUUAUUUCCAGAUGAUAUUUAACUAAUUUGUUUCAAUACGUCUGUAAUUCAUCCGUUGUACUUGUUAGUGGAUAUCUCUGUGCUGAGGUGCUUCUUUGUUUUGUUCUGAACAACCGUUUUAAAGUAUGUUGUCUCUUCGCGUGAAGCACUUGUCAGUGUUGAGUUCAGGACAAACUUCUCAGAAUGGGGAUUUUGGGUACAGUAAGGCACUGCUUAUAGUACAGGGUUAUCAUUGACCAAUAUGUACAAAUUCAUAUUAUCCAUCUAAUAGGAAAACGCACACACACACACUGCAGUCAAGACGUGUUAAAAGAAACACCAUUUGAAUCUCUGCAUUUCUAUAAUUUUAGCAUGGUAGAAGGAAAAGAUGUGAGUUUAGAUACUGUAAUACACAGAGAAAGAGAGCCAGCCAAAUUUAACAUUUUAGUCAUUUAGCAGACGCUCUUAUCCAGAGCGACUUACAGUUAGUGAGUGCAUACAUUUUUUUUUUUCAUACAUACAAAUGAUGGCAAAAGCCCAAAGUCUUGUAAUAGAUGGGCAUAUGGAAUGGAAUGUGUUAGUUCUCCCUGUUCUACAAUCAUAUUGGGCCCUUGUGAGCCACAGAAUGCAUUGAUACCCCAGUUGCACAAGCCUUAAAGAUGCAGUCCUAGAUCUUAAGCACUUAUAAAUGUGUAACAUAUUGUACGAUGACGUAGUACACAAUUGUGCAGUCUUCAGUGACCCGUUUUGGCUCGUGACCAGUACUUUCAAAACUACUGGGUGAAAUUAUACAAAGCCUUUGGAGCAUCAUUUUAAGGUAGAACUAUAGAGAAUAUCUAUUGAGCUGUGUUCUAAUGGUACUUAGUAGUUUAGUGUAAACACAGUUCGUGGUCAUUUGGCUUGAAAACGACUUCAACCCAUAGCAUUCCAAAUUAUUAACUUUAUUGACAACAAACAGGUCAAACAACUUAACGCGGGAGAGCUUUUGUUGAUUUUGGUGAUAGGGACUUGGAACAACAGAAGAAAGUUUAAAAUGGUGUAUAUCUGAUAACCAUACUGGCAUUUAAGAUGUUCUCAACUUGGGUACAGAAGUAAUUUGUUUUUUGUGAGUUUUGUACAUAGUUAUAUUUAUGUAUAUGUUUUGAUUGCAGGAAAACCGUCAAAAGUGUAAUAUUUUUAAGUGUUACAAUUCAAAUAUAUUAAAAAUUGCUUACUUACUAGUAAGUUUACUACUAGUUUGUUCCUUAUGCUCUAGUUGUUCAAUUGAAGUGGCUAAAGUAUCACUUGUAUUGCACUUGUAAUCAAAUAUGCUUUUUCAUAGUGAACCUUAUAUGCAACAAUGAACAAAGCAGACAUCUAACCAACAAAUAUCUGAUAUGUGAAUGUCUGUUUUAAAAGGCCGCCAGUGACUCAAAUGCAAAAAGUUGUAGUACAACUUGAUCUAAAAUUACAGCACAAACAGUGAUCGAAAUUAAUGUGAUGAAGCUAUCCACAUCUUGACUGUAAUUCACAUGGAUAUCUCCCUUAUGGUGCUUACAGGUUGUUAUAAAUAAUGUAACGCUGCGUUGAUGUGCAUUAAAACCACAGUUGUAAUUUUUUGCUCUCUUUCCAUGUCAGGAAUACUUAAGCUAUACUGUUACAUAUUACUGUGAAUGUGAGUAUAUACAAUCCAUGAAUGUAUCUAUCCACCAUUUUAGGUCUUCCUUGUACACAGUUUGUUUAUGAUUGUCUGUUCUCUCACGAUGUGAACAUCUAUUUAUCCUCUGUUUGUAAUAAGUAUUUGUUUCCUCUGAGUUCUCAUAAUUAAAAUCUCUCAUGCUAUGUUUCUCACCAGA